GACUGGCUUUUCAGCCAAACAGUCGACUACGUGGCUUUUCGGCCACUUCAUUUCCACUACCAAAUACUAGUAAUUGCAACAAGUUUCUGGUUCUAUGAAAACAAAUCCGGCAUGAACGCUAAUUGGAGCUUUUAAGAGGAUACAUUUGAAAUUCCAACCAACCUGCUAUGCCACGUACGACUAAUAGAGCUGUUACCCUUCUUGUCGAUGCGAUCUGCAAUAAUAAUUUGACAGCCUCAACAGCUAACUCAUCUCCAAAACCAAGAAAUUGACAAAAACUUCAUAUAUACAAGGAGUCACUUAAAGCAAAUUGUAAACAGUUCAAUGAGUUCCUCGGUAUUUCCUAUUUUGAUUCAAAAUGACUCGGGUGGAAGGAAAGAGGAACCAUUAAGGAGAACCUAGAGCAUAAACCUAUUCGUGCAAUCAGGAGAAGCAGAUCGCAUGAUCAGCAACUGGCUCAUGCAUUUUGACGUCUCCUAUCUUUCCUUCAGAGCUUCCAGUUGUCGAAGGGCCUAUUGGACAGGGUCAUCUAGGUUUAAUCUGGAAAACUCUGUUGUACCAAAUGGAAUGAAGGGUCAUAUGGAAGAGAUCAUACUUCACAGGCUUUGCAUGCCAGAGAAAAUGUUGCUGAACCUUUCUCACCCCAGAUUGCAUUUCAAGAUACUUUGCCUCAGGUAUGGACAGAGAAUUUCUUUCAAGUUAGGUAUGUCUUUUUCUGCAAGGAUUACUGAAAACGCACUCCAGUUUAGGACUUCAAAGAAUGGUGGUACAAAAUUAUCAGAUAUAAUCACUGGAACACACUCGUAAAAUAUGGCUUCAACCACCCUUGGGCUGUUGACUUCAUAGCCCCUGGGACAGAUACAAUACUUGCUGCUUUUCAUGUGCUGGAUGUAG